AUGAAUUAGCAAAAAAAUUGCUUUGGAGAACUAGAAGAAUUUUUAAGUUCUUCCUUUUUAUCUCAUAAUGAUCUAGAAAUUGAUCUAAACUAUCCUAGGAAAGAGGAUACACCAAACUUAAUUUCUGCUUUAUCAAAUUGCAUUAAUCUCUAACAUUUGACACUCGCGCUAAAUGAAAAUUAAAUUGAUGGAGAGGAUGUGUCAAGCUUAGGCAUUGCAUUAUCAAAAUUCACCUAUCUCUCAAAUUUGAAUCUUAAUCUAGGUGAUAAUAACAUUGGAGUAAAAGGCAUAUCAGAUUUAGGUUCUGGUUUAACAAGUUGCACUAAUCUCUCAAAUUUGAGGCUUGAUCUUGGCUACACUUAAAUUGGUUCACUUGGUGCGUUAAACUUAUUUUCUAGUUUAUCAAAAUGCUAAAGUCUCAAUAAAAUGAAAUUGACACUGUGCUCUAAUAAAAUUAAUGAUGAAGCACUUCAAGGUUUAGGUUCUGCUUUAGUAAAUCUCCCUAAUCUCAAAACUUUUGAACUUCGUAUUUUAGACAAUAAAAUUAGUCCAUAAAGCUAUGCUGAUCUUGGCUGUGCGUUUUCAAAUUGUACAAAUCUGUCAAAUUUGGGACUCAAUUUCAUGGGUAAUGAGUGUGGCGAUGAAGGUGCCUUAGGUUUAGGUUGUGGCUUAGCAAAAUGUAAUACUCUAUCAAAUUUAAGAAUCAACUUAGGCUAGAACAAAAUAGGCAUUUAGGGUGCAUAAGGUUUAUGCUCUGGUUUAGCAAAAUGUCCUAACCUCUCAAAUUUGAAACUUAACUUAUACCGCAAUAAAUUUGGUGAUAAUGUAGCCUCAGCUUUAGGUUAUAGUUUAUCAAACAGUAUAAGUCUCUCAAAUUUGACACUCGAUCUAUAUUAAAAUUAAAUUAGCUCAUAGGGUGCAUCAGAAUUAUUUUUUGCUUUAGCAAAUUGCGCAAAUCUUUCCAAUUUGCUAAUCAACCUCAAUGAUAAUUAGUUUGGUGGUUAGGGUUUACAAUGCUUAAACUUUAAACAAUAAAACUAGUCAAAUCUCUCAGGUUUAAAACUAAUACUAAAUGAUAAUAAUAUUGGUCCUUAAGAUACUUCAGGCUUAGGUUCUAUUUUGUUAAACUACCCUAGUCUUUCUCAUUUAAAAAUUGAUCUUAAAUGGAAUUCUAUUGAUGAUUAAGGUUUUUCAGAUUUAGGAAUUAGUUUAGCAAAAUGCACUAAUCUCAUAAAAUUAACUCUCUUAACUUUUAAAAAUUAAAUUGGUGACGAAGGUGUUUCAAGUAUAGGCUCUGCUUUAUUAAAAUGUACUAAGCUCUCAUAUUUAAAUCUCAAACUAUCUUAAAAUAAAAUAAGUAACAAAGGUCUCAUAGAAUUAGCUACAGUUUUAGCAAAAUACACUAAUCUCUUAAGAUUUUAACUUUAUUUAGAAAAUAAUUAAAUUGACGAUGAAGGAGUUUUAGGCUUAGGUUCUGCUUUAGCAAACUGCAAACGUCUCACAUAUUUGGAAUUAAAUCUCGAAAAUAAUAAUAUUAAUGGAGAGCACAUCUUGAAAAAAAGAAACAAUUUUCUGACAUCUAAAAGAUUAGUUGUUAACAAAAUAUCAUUUUGA